AUGGCAGAGCCCAACAGCACCAACUCCCAGGCACCUUUCUUCCUCCUGAACAGCCUCCCAGGGUUGGAAGUGGCUCAUGCCUGGCUCUCCAUCACUUUCUCCUUCAUGUUUGUCCUGGCGCUGCUGGGAAACAGCAUGGUGCUGCUGGUGAUCUGCGCAGAGCCGAGCCUCCAUGAGCCCAUGUACCUCUUCCUGGCCAUGCUGGCUGCAGCCGACCUGGGCUUGGCCACCUCCACCUUCCUCUCCAUGCUGAGGAUAUUCUGGUCCGGGGCCAGGGAGCUCAGCUCGAGUGCCUGCUUCACCCAGAUGUUCUUCAUCCACACAUUCACGGAUAUCGAAUUGGCCGUGAUUCUGGCCAUGGCCUUCGAUCGCUACGUGGCCAUCUCCAGUCCCCUGUGGUACGCCUCCCUCCUCACCAAUGCCUUCAUCACCAAGAUCUGCCUGGCCAUUGUGGUGAGAACCAUCAUCAUCCAGGUCCCAAUGCCCAUCCUUCUAACCAGGCUGCAUUUCAACGUGUCCAACCAGCUUGCCCACCCCUACUGCUUGCACCCGGACAUCAUCAAACGUGCCCAUUCAGACACAAGGGUCAACAGCAUCUAUGGGCUCUUUGUGCUUCUCUCCACAUUGGGAUUAGACCUGCUCUCUGUCCUCUUUUCCUACAUCCUCAUCCUGAAGACUGUCCUCAGCAUCGCGUCCCACCACCAGCGUCUCAAAGCCCUGAACACUUGUGUCUCCCACGUUUGUGCUGUCUUGCUGUUCUUCACUCCCAUGAUUUGCUUGUCCAUGGUCCACCGAUUUGGGAAGGACGUGUCCCCACAAGUCUAUGUCCUCCUGGCCAAUCUCGACUUCCUGGUCCCUCCCAUGCUGAACCCCAUCAUCUACAGCGUGAGAACCAGAGCGAUUCAGAGGAAAAUCUGGGGGUUGUUCCACUGCAGGGUGGGCAGGAAACCUGGUGCAACUAUUGUCCUGUAA